UCCUGGCUGACGUUGACCAAUAGGAGCAGGUUUGGAGCGUUACCAAGGAAACGGCGUACAAGGCUACGUGACGGUGAGGGGCUGCAGGAGCGCAGCUAGCGGAACAGCGGACCGAGGCGCAUUUCUGUUACUGAUCCUGAUAAAAGACAUAAGAUUUCUGGCGGCGGUUUGGAUCUCAGCCGAGCCGGACAGUUCGGUGGCCGAGCCGGACAGUUCGGUGGCCGGUGCCGGGAGCUCAGUCCGGCGCCCUGAGGUUAGCUAGCCAGCUAGCACGGGACCACAGAGCGGGCUACAGCUCGGUGCCUCUCCCGGACGGGGGGCUCUGCUGCGGGAUGGAGCGGAGCUAGCCGCCGGGCCGGGACCGCCUGGCCUGGUUCUGACCCGAUUCUUCCGCACAGCAGCCCGUUUCCUUUCGGAGACCGACCCAGGGAUGCGGGAUGAGAUGAGGCGCCGCGGACCGAACCUGAAACCCAGACCCGACCAGUCGUGUUAGCCAGGAUAUGAACCAGGUGGAGCUAAAACCCGGACCCGGCCGGUUCUGGUGGAGCAGAUUUACAGAAACAGGGAUGGAGGUGUGCGGCAGGAACCCGAACCGCACGGCGCCGACCCCUGACCCCCGGCUCUCCGAGGUGCCGCUCAGCUCGCGGACCAACGGCUGGAGCUGGCCGCUUCACCCCUUCCAGCUGCUGGCCUGGCUGCUCUACGUCUACUUCGCCAUCACCGGCUUCGGCGUGUUCGUCCCGCUGCUGCCGCCGCACUGGGUCCCCGCGGGCUACAUCUGCACCGGCAUCCUGUUCGUGUCCCACCUGUGCGUCCACGUCCUGGCCGUGUCCGUCGACCCGGCCGACCUCAACGUGAGGAUGAGGAGCGACAGAGGGCCGGUUCCCGCCUUCGACCGCUCCAAACACGCACACGUCAUCGAGAACUGCCACUGCUACCUGUGCCAGGUGGAUGUGGGACCCAAGUCGAAGCACUGCAGCGCCUGUAACAAGUGCGUUGCUAACUUCGACCACCACUGCCGCUGGCUCAACAACUGUGUGGGCAGCAGGAACUACAAGUUGUUCCUCCACAGUGUUGUCUCCGCUCUGCUGGGUGUGUCUCUGGUUCUGCUCUUCGCCUCCUACGUCUUCGUCGAGUUCUUCAGGGACCCGUCCAACCUGCGCACCGACAAACACUUCCUGGUCCAGAAUCAGACAGGUGUGUGGUUCGUCUUCCUUCCUGUGGCUCCUCUCAGGUCAGCGGCUGCCGUCAUCCCGGUUCUGGCUGCCGUUACCAUGGCGAUGGGCCUGCUGUCGUCAGGGCUUCUCUGCCACCUGCUCUGCUUCCACAUCUACCUGAUGUGGAACAGACUCAGCACCUAUGAGUACAUCGUGCGACAGCGCCACCGCCUGGACAGCAGAGACCUGAGGACACCCGCCACAGCUAAGCAGAGAAGACGCCCGUCCAUCGUCCAGGACGUGAACUACUCAGGGACCCUGGGGUACACCAACCCCCAGCUGGACAACCAGCAGGGAAAGGCGGACACCUGUGCUGCUUCCGACCCGGUCCCCAGUUUCCUGGCCAAUGGCAGAGCGAGGAGAGCGUCCAAUCCGGUCCAUGACGAGGAGGCUCCGCCCACCGCCUCCACAGAGCUGAAGGCACACACACACCGACACACACAGAAGAAGAAGAAGAAGGGGCGUCAGGUUCCAGCGGAGGUGACCAGAGAGCACUGCCCACCUGUAGCUCCGCCCCCAGCAGAGUCCUCCCUGGGUCAGCGGCUUCCUUUCCCAGCAUUCCCUCUGAGGGCCCCCCCAGGACCUGCCCCGGCUCCGGGCCCCAUCCAGGCCGCCGCCCCUCCGGCCGAGUAUCAUUCGGACUCUGCAGAGUCCCUGGAGGAAAUCCCCGUGGCGCUGGCCAAGCUGGGCUCCUCGUCCUCCGGAGACGCCGCCGGGGCGUCUCGCCGUCUGGACCGAGGGGCCCGCGGCCCCCCGCCGGACCGCCGUCUGGACCGGCCCGAUCCAGCGCUCCACAAGACCAGGAAGAAGAACCCGUCCUCUCAAGGGAGCAGAACCGCGGCCCAGCUGAGGUUUGAGAUGGCAUCAACGCGGCCGCCGUCCGUGUUCGUCAGCCGCGCCAGCAGAGAGACGGCCGAAGUCCUCGGCUGGACGCAGAGCGGGUCCAGACCCGUUCUGGAGUCCUGACCAGGUCCAUUGGUUCUGGUCCAGCCUCCUGUGCCGAGUUCGGACCUGAAACAGCAGCUGCUGUUGGAAAGGGACUUUUAUUGUGGAGGGUUGUGUGUAUUUAUUGGUGGACAUGACUUUUAAUUUGAAAGCCAAAGUGACUUCCUGUGAGUUUCAACCCCAUCAGAUCAGACGCUGUUCAUCGGGUUUAGUCAAAGCAGGUCAAGGUGCUUCACAUGUUAAUGUUGCUGUUUCCUUAGCAACCUUGUCUCCUGGUUUCCAUGGUAACUCAAACUCGAUCAAUAUAUGUUUCACAGCCGUCUGUGUGGCGACGCCCGGUGGCUAAACUGUGAACUGCAGUUCAAAGAAAGCAGAACACUGAGGUUUCCAGGUCAAAGGUCGUUUCUACUCUGCUGUGCCUCUCUUCAUCCUCCUGCUUCUGACCUGAACUCUGAAUCUGUCGAUGUGAACUGCUCCUUUAAAUCUGAGUAGCAAGGGGGCGGAGCCACCUGUGUGAUGUCACUGUUUGCAAUAAACUACGACCCACAGUC